AGGUAACGGAGAGAUUCGGUGCGUACGUUUUAUACUGGAACCAGCAUGGUUGGACAAUUAAGCUUAACCAUGAUAAUCAUGUUAAUUAUAAUUGAGCAUGCGAGAGGAGAAAGCUUAUGGUGUUUCGAUUGCAACACCGAUUUAAGCAGUGGGCAUACAAGAGAAUGCAACGAUCCUUACGUUCCUACACCGUAUUUCGACUUGGUCCUCUGUCCCCAGAACGAGUCUCAACAUUGUCUGAAAAGUGUAAUUGACUAUAGAGGUAUCUUGGUGACCGUUCGAGGUUGCGUGCCAUCACGGGAAGUCUAUGGAUACUGUCAUCACGAAAAAUAUCCUGAAUCCAACAUCAUUUGCUCAUUUUGCAACGAUUACGCUUGUAACGAUCAACAGUCACUUUAUUUAUUUAUUCCACAUAGUAUAGGAUUCUAUUUCUCCUUAGUCUACCUGUCCAUUUAUCUUAAAUGAUAACUGUCCAAUUAAUUAAUUAACCAGUAUUUAUCAUUUUAUGUAGAUUCGUGUAAACCCUCCGUUUCAAUUUUCAGAUGUAGGUACAUACAAUACAUAAUAAUUGUAAUUAUUUUACUUUCCACUUGAUUAGUCGAGUAAAAUAUAUUUUUCUCAAAAACAAACCGAAAUGUUUUAAUUGACGAAAGAAGAGACGAUGAUUGGCCGGAAAAGGCUGUUGACUUUCAAGCUGGAAAUUAAGUGACUUUAUGAAUGAACAGGGAGGCAUUGUCUGUAUUCGAUAUACAUCUUUUGUAUCGAUGGUGGUAGGUUCUGAGCAAUACUUAUAUACGUAUGUAUACACAUAUUUAUGUACACAGACAUCUGGCCGAAGAGAAGGGGUCAAAUUGUCGAGUCAAUUUGGUAAUGUCUCGCGGGGUUAACUGGUCUCCUGACCCAUGAUAAGUCUUCCUUAACGAGUCGGCAAGCUCACUUUGCAAUCCUGCCUUUAGUCAUCUAUAACUUCGAUGACUAAAGGAUCAUCCUAAAGAGGGGGGUGAUAGAAACGAUAUCAAAAAAAUUGUAUGCUAUCAUUUAAAAAGUGAAGGUGUUCUCGACUUUUAAUUGAAAGAAAAAAAAAUUUUUAGUUUGCAAUUUAUCAAAAAUCUAGCAAUGAAUCCUUGAACCUGAAAAAUUGUAUAUUACAUCUACGCGAACACUCUGUGUAUUCUGUUUUCCUACGUAAACCAUGAAAGACCCCCAGAGCAUUCAACGGGUCCCUUAAUUGUC